CCCAUUUUGUGUGAAACAUCUAAAAGAAAGUAAAGUAACAACGGUGGCCCUGUGACAAUUGUUUUGAUUUAUGAGAACAGUACGAUAACGAGUUCAGAAAAAAACAUUGCGAAAAGAAAGAGGAAGUAGUGAAACAGGCGCCAAACCCACAGUUACCAAUCGAGAAGCCAAAAUGACUGAGAACAUUGUUUGUCACAAGUGCCAGGAGGCCAUCACCAAGCGAAUGAUCACCGCCCUGGGCAAGACGUGGCAUCCGGAGCACUUCCUGUGCCGUCACUGCGAUGAGCAGAUCCUGGACGCCACCUUCAAUGUUCAGAGCGGAGAGCCGGUGUGCAACAAGUGCUUCGUGGAGCGGUACACCUACACCUGUGCCGGCUGCAAGAAGCCGAUUCUUGAAAAAACGAUCUGCGCCAUGGGGGAGAGCUGGCACGAGGAUUGCUUUUGUUGCGGCGGUGCCUGCAAGAAGCCGCUGGCCAACCAAACCUUCUAUGAGCGCGACGGCAAGCCCUAUUGCAAACAGGAUUACGAGGACCUCUUCGCUGCCAGGUGCGCCAAGUGUGAGAAGCCUAUAACGGACUCGGCGGUGCUCGCCAUGAAUGUGAAGUGGCAUCGCGAUUGCUUCCGGUGCAACAAGUGCGAGAAUCCUAUAACCUCGCAGACCUUCACCAUAGACGGGGACAAGCCCGUGUGCCCCGCCUGCAAUUGCUAAUAUCGCCCUGGACCCUUGCUCUUUCUCCAAAUUGAUUAGUUGAUUUCUUACACUAAUGUUGAAAUAGUUCCCGAUGCUUAUGAAGCCUAGAGGCAUUCAUGAAAUCAGACCCACACAUUUAACACAGACAAACACUAAAUAAAAAGAAAAAAGAAAUAAGUAAAGUCUCUGUAUUGGGGUGGCCAGGUAUACCCUUUUAUCGUUAAGAUUUGCCUUAGACCAACACCACCCACAAUAACAUUCUGAUUACUGCGAGAUUAACUCGAACGCAAGCCCUUUCCCAAUUUGGAGUAAAUAUUUUCCCAAAACCCAGUGAAAAGAAGCUGUAGAGGAAAGUGUGCUUGAUAUGAGAUCAUGUUUCCAAGGGUAAAUAAACUACCCAGCCUUGGAACAUGCACAUCUGAUUAUCUCAUAAACGGGGGGAGGGGUAUCCCAGCAGUGCAGCGGAAAAUGGAAAACUCUGCGAGGGUGUGCUGACGUGCCGUCAUCGUAGAAAAUUCAUACAUUCGGGUAAACUACACGAAGCGGCUUCGUUAGUCAAGUUUUCCGUACGAUUUCGUGGCUUCUGCGGCUUUGGAGUUGCCGGCUGCCGGUUUCAGUUUCAUUUUUCAAUCGGAGCUCGUGCAAAGCGGUUCGGUUGGUCUUUAAGCGCAGCGAUUUUCCACAAACCGAAAAGUGUUUUCGCGGAAAAGCUGCCCGAAAACGGGAAAAGAGAGUAAUUAAGAUUGUGACGGAAUCAAACGUGGCUGAUUGGAUACAGCAUUGGAAAAGAAGACCAUCCCA